CGACUCCACACGUCAAAAAAGACGAGACAAUGAGCUGCUGGUGAUUAAAGUGUGUGAUGAGAGUUCAUGUUUCAGACUGUUAAAGUUUCAGUGAGUGACAGCUGAGGGGACUCCACUGUCUGCGCUUUUCUUUUAUUUAUUUUUAUUGUACAUGCUCUCACUCAGCUGGACGCAGGAGCGGAGCCUUAUGACAUUGCGCACAGAGCAGGAGCGGGGCUGCAAAUGGGCGGCAUAGGUGGCAACCUCUACCUCAGCAUGUUGAAUGGGACUGAAACGCAAACUUUCGGAAAGAGCGCCGACAUCAGCAGUCAGCUCCACCGCGGCGGCAAGGAUCUAACCGAGUUCAAAAUGGGGAUUCAGGACGCGAGGUUUUACUACCCAGACUCUGUUCCGAGCGGGCAGGACGCGCUGGCUCUGCCGUACCACUCGGACCAGGCGGUGGGGGGGUACGCGGCGCAGCCCGGCAGGUUUUACUCGCAGACCCUCAGCAGCUGUCCGUACGGCGGCGUGCGGUCGCCGCCGAGAAGCGGAGCCGGGCAGGGUUACAUCCCGACGGGGGGGGACGGGUUUCCUACAGGCGGUAAAGACCUGUACUCUCCAUCUCCAGAGAAUUACGCGGCCAGCUUCCAGCACGGCUACCAGCGGCCGCCCCUCUACCCUUUACCUGGGCUACAGGUGUGCGGGAAGACCCAGGCUCUGCUCAAUAACUACCCGCUAUGGGCCAAGUUCCACAAGUUCCAAACCGAGAUGAUAAUCACCAAACAGGGCAGGAGGAUGUUCCCCUUCCUGAGCUUCAACAUCAGCGUUCUGGAUCCGUCCGUCCACUACAACGUCUACGUGGACGUGGUCCUGGCCGAUCAGCACCACUGGAGGUACCAGGGAGGAAAGUGGGUCCAGUGUGGGAAAGCGGAGGGUAACAUGCCGGGGAACAGGAUGUACAUGCACCCCGACUCCCCCAACACAGGAGCUCACUGGAUGAGACAAGAAGUGUCUUUCAGCAAACUCAAGCUCACCAACAACAAGGGCAGCACCAACAAUGUGGCACAGAUGAUCGUCCUGCAGUCGCUCCAUAAGUACCAGCCUCGUCUUCACAUUGUGGAGGUCAAAGAGGACGGCUCUGAGGACCCCUUCCUUUCAUCCAAAGCUCAGACCUUCAUCUUCCCGGAGACGCAGUUCAUCGCCGUCACUGCUUAUCAGAACGCAGACAUCACUCAGCUGAAAAUAGACCAUAACCCCUUCGCUAAAGGUUUCCGCGACAACUACGACACGCUGUACGCUCCUCCCGACUCUGAUCGCCUCACCCCCUCCCCCACAGAGAGCCAGCAGCUGCUGCCUGGGAGCUGCUACCCCCAAGGCUACCUCUCAGAGCAGUACAUGAGCCCCCUGCCCCAGAGCCGCUUCUACAGCCGCGAGCCUAUCGGCAUGGGCCAGCAGCACAAAGACCCGUCCCCCAGCCCGGGUCCUCACAGCCGCUGGUACCUGCAGCCCCAGCAGGGCGUGACCCCCAACCGGCUCGACUUCACCUCCUCCUAUGAGGGCGACUUCUCCGGAAACAGCUUCUACAAGCCUUUCCCAUUGCAGACGUCCGCUCACCAUGCCCUCAGCUACUACCCGGACCAUCCCUUUGCAUCUACCAGCGUGUCUGUAUCAGGAGCCACCUCAGCAGGCUGGACCACCAGCCGGCCCACCCCUCAGUACCUCAGCCACCCCAGCAAGCCGGGCCCCAGUCUGGGCUGGUUUAGGCCCAUAUCUUCCUCUUCGUCCCUCUCGUCUUCUUCUACGUCGCCGGGCAACCCCAGGCUGCACCCUCCCUCGCUCCUGGAGCCUCUGCAGCCACCGCCGCCGCUGCAGGACAAGCCCAAAGACACUGUGGAGGUGGUGGGAGAGGACCCGUGGCUCGAACCCCCCUCUGUGAAAUCAGUGGCCUCGGCCGACUCAGGUCUGUUUGAGGGCGGCGUCGGGGACAACAAGAAGAGGAGGGUGUCGCCCUACACGUCCAGCACUGAAAACUCUCCACCUCCUCGCAGCGGAGAGGUCUGCGAGAAGGACAGCAACAGCGAUGCAGAUUACUACGGCUACUACACCCACUGAAGGCCUCACACGUCACCGCAGUCGCCGCAGCGUGUCCCAGCGUCUUCCCACACCGCCCUCAUGGACACGCACAGGUCUAUCCAGUCAGGUCACGAUAAAGGGCUGCAGACAAAUACCAGACCCGCGUGAGAGAACGUGCAGCCUCAUCCACCGUCACAUCAGUCCACACAGUCCACAAAGUGAAGAUGAUUACAGGAGAACUUCCAAGGUUACUGUCAAAGUUAGUGUUAGCAGUGGAUGUGACUGGGACGCUGCCCUCCAGUCACAUAAACACCACACAGACAAACAGACCUGUGACUUCGACAUGUGGAGAUUUGAGGGGGAAAAAUGAUCUGCAUAUCUGCUGGCUGACAGACGCCUGCAGGGAUUGUCUGUUCUGACUGCGUCAAACACUCUGUCUGUCUCUUUUGCUCCGUCUUGUCUGUCUCUUCCUUCUCACCCUCAGCCAUUCACACGUCCUCUCGCAAUAUGCUCACGUUCACUUCCCCCGACGACUCGGAGCUCAAAUUAUGUUUCACACACGCUGUUUUCUCUCCAAUCCAGCCCAAUGCGUUUACUGCAGCGCCCACCGGUGGCAGGAGAGGAGCGCUGCAGAGGCCGGAGGUUAAGAGAGCUUAGCAAGCACAUGUUCUGAAGCACGGCCGCUAAUCUAGCUAAACCCAGCUAGGACAGACUUUUCUGUGUGUGUCUGUUAAGUAAAUCAGCACCCGGGAGCAGAAAUAGCAUGUCCUUACACCUGGAGACGAUCCAGAAAAACUCACAGGUGUAAAAGGGUUAGGGUUCAGCAGCACAAACACAGAAGAGCUCCUUUCAGUUUCAAUUUGGAGGGAAUUUACGUUUCAUAGCAACAUGCUGUCUGUGGGGGUGUUUGCAGGGUAACGUCCAAAACACAGAGAGUUAGCAGUGAAAUGAUGGUCAAUGUGAUAAAAUCGACAUGUUUCGAUUGGUUAGAGCUGCAAUUAAUCAAUUCAGUCAAUCAAUCUAUGAUCAUAAUCAUGUUAUGCUUGUAAAGAACUAGUUCAUCAUAAAUAUAAAGUAUUUAUCAAUGAUCUGAAGAGCCACACUGAAAGUCAUAGAGAGGGCGACACCUUCACUCACCGGCCAAUCACAGCAUGAAGUGGGUGCGGAUCGUCCGACAUGCAGAUCAAGAGGCAGACUGAAGGUUUUCAGUGCUGUGAUGAACUGCCCCUCACUGAGAUGCCACAAACUAGUGAUGUUCAGUUUCUCGCUUUUCCAAGUCUGGUCUGAAUCAGGUCUGUAAGGGAGGGGGGGGGGGGCAGGAGCCAGCAACCAACCAGUCAGCGAGCUAAAGACACGCAGUCGUCACAUGCUCCCAGCUUCAGCUCCUCGACUUAAAUCUCGCUUGUUUAAAGGAAGGAAACGGUGCGAGACGUCUUCUUUGCUGCGCCGCCUGCAGCUUUCCCAAACACUUCUCGUACAGUAGCAUCAGAGCAAAGUGGGUCACUCACAGCGGCUCCGCCCACCUGCAGGUGAACAGACGGGCCACUGUCACGGUAAACAGGAAGCACAAAGUGACCAGACAGACGCAGGAUUCGCCCCUGGCGUUCGGGCCUGUCAUGUUGUGACAGCGGCUGACAGAGGCCCGGCUCCCGGCCCGGUGGCGGAGAUGAAGGGCGAGGCCGCAGUCGGCGCCGAUCACAGAUCUGCUCCUCAUUCCUCGGCAGGUGUGCUGACGGCCUCAGACAAGGCUGGAGGCGACGGACAGGCUCAGUCGCUGCAGUGCAGCCUGAAGUCUUUUCUGUUUGACAGAUCACUUACUUCAUUUUUAAUAAUAAAUCUAAAAUAAAAAACAGAACCAGCGGUUUAGUUUCUAUAUACCACAGUGAGACAACCAGACACCAAGAAACCAGACAAGAAACAGUUUAGCUUAGCAUAAUGGCUGAAAGCAGGGGGCGCUAGCCUGCACACAACGCUUCAUAAAAGCACAUAUUGUGUUUUUUAUACAGAUUAAACAAACAGGAUGUAAAAUGUAAAGUUUUGAGCUUUGGAGGUGCUGGUAGGCAGGGUUCGUUACCUUCGGACAGAGCCGGGGGUUCACCUCUCUUCUGCUAAACUGAUUUUAUUUAUUAAGACUAGGGCUUAAAGUGGAGUCACUGGAAUUUAAAGACAAUCAAAAACAUGCUGCAUGUAGAUGCAAAACCUCUUUUGAAGCAUUUGACAAAACGUUCUUAAUGAUGUUGAUGCGAAAAGGACAAACUGUCUGACAGCUCGGUCCUUACCUGGACGAUUAAAUGACAAAGUGUUAGUUUUACGCUGAAUACAGAAUGGAUAUAUCGAUUAACUCAUGAAAAUAUGUUGCUGGUGUUACAUUUCCAAAAGAAAUGCUGUUUAAUGUCAAAAGGUGAUGACUCUUAAAGUACCUUAACAAAGGUGUGCGAUGGACAAUUCUUGUUUCAAGUGCAAUUAACAGACAGUAAAUUAGAGCAGAGUCAACGACGGCAUCGCAGAAACAAUGAGAGCAAAGUUCACGUGACGGCUGGCCUGUGGACGAUGUCAGUUAUUUACUUUGUGUGCUGUGGUUUGUUCGUGGUUCACUCAGUGAUCCUGCACCUGCAGGAGGGUAGAGAUCUCACAGCAGCACCAAAAUGCUUUCAGACGCCUCAGGAACGACCCCUGCUGGACAUCUCAGCUAUUACAACCAGCUCCAGCCAAUCCCUGAUGUUCAACCUCUUAUACCUCCACUUCCCAUGAGUCUGUGUUUCCCUCGAACACAUUUCCCUCAGAAAGAGAAAAAGACUGCAGGAGCCGUCCUUUUUUGCGUGUGAUCAUGUGCACUGUUGACGUCAGGGGGGCAAUAAUAACUCCUCUGACUCUUUCAUUAAGAGCUUAUAAACUGCGAUGCAUAAAGAAGAGAUGAAGGGGAAAACUUAUUUAUUAAAGGUGGCAUAUUUGUGUAUUGUCCUGUUGUUUUUUAUUCAUGAGAUUAAAGGUUACACAUGACAAAUCUCA